CAUGCUGACGGACAAGUUCCUCCGACUGCAGUCCGUCUUCUUUCGCCUUCUCGGACUGGAAUUGUUGCACGAACCGGAUGCUGGCCAUCGAUAUCCUUGGCGCAGCAUCUGCUGCAUCCUUUCGGUGGCCAGCUUCUUGCCACUGACCAUCGGCUUUGGCCUGCAGAACAUCCAAAAUGUGGAGCAAUUAACCGACUCACUCUGCUCGGUUCUGGUGGAUUUGCUGGCGCUCUGCAAAAUCGGGGUGUUCCUAUGGCUUUACAAGGACUUUAGGUUCCUAAUACGGCAGUUCUAUUGUGUUUUGCAAAGGGAAACUCACUGCCUUGCGGGUGAACUGAUAGUAACCAGAGAAAGUCGUCGGGAUCAGUUCAUUAGUGCUAUAUAUGCCCACUGUUUCAUUACGGCUGGUCUUUCGGCCUGUUUGAUGUCUCCUCUGGCCAUGUUGAUCAGCUACCAACGCACAGGUGAAUUCCAGCCGGACUUUCCCUUUCCCAGUGUAUAUCCCUGGGACAAUAAGAAGCUGCCCAAUUACCUAAUUUCCUAUGUGUGGAAUGUGAGUGCUGCCCUGGGCGUGGCACUGCCCACCGUUUGUGUGGACACCCUCUUCUGUUUUCUGAGCCAUAAUCUCAGUGCCCUGUUCCAGAUUGCCAGGCACAAAAUGAUGCACUUUGAGGGCCGAAAUGCUGCGGAGACUCGUGAGAACUUAAGGCACGUGUUUCAACUAUAUGAGUUGUGUUUGCAGCUGGGUCAUUCCUUAAACGAAUACUUCAGACCGCUCAUCUUCGCCCAGUUUGUGGCAGCCUCACUGCACUUGUGUGUGCUGUGCUACCAACUAUCUGCCAAUAUCCUGCAGCCAGCGUUGCUGUUCUAUGCCGCAUUUACGGCUGCGAUUGUUGGCCAGGUGUCCAUAUACUGUUUCUGCGGAUCCAGCGUCCAUUCGGAGUGUCAGCUUUUUGGCCAGGCCAUCUACGAGUCCAGCUGGCUGCAUUUGCUGCAGGAAAACCCGCUGCUUGUGAGCUCCUUAAAAAUUGCCAUGAUGCGAUCGAGUUUGGGCUGUCCCAUCGAUGGCUACUUCUUUGCGGCCAAUCGAGAGACGCUUAUCAGGAUUGUGCGCUCUGCCAUAUCCUAUGUAACGCUACUCAGAUCCCUGGCCUAG